AUUCACCAAAAAGCUGUUUGCUUCGGCCAUUAUUUGUACGGCUACGCGCCCUAAUCCACGAAGAAGAAGGCCAUUAUUUGUAGCACAGUCACAGUAAUCCGCACACUGCGCACGAUGAGGCAGGCAGUUCCGCUGGAUUGUGAGAAGGCCAAGGCUCUGCUACAGUCAACAGAUACAUUCCUAUUCGACUGUGAUGGCGUCCUUUGGAACGGUGGUGACGUGAUAAAAGAUGCGAACGCCGUCGUAAACAAACUGCAAGAACUUGGAAAGAAAGUGUUUCUGGUAACGAAUAACAGUACCAAGACAAGGGACGAAUAUGUUGCCAAAUGCGCUAAGUUGGGAUUUAACUGCAAUGAGCCUCAGGUGAUCAGCACGUCCUAUCUCACGGUGCAGUACCUCAAGUCGUUACACUUUGACAAGAAGGUGUACUUGGUGGGCUCAUCUGGACUGAGUCGUGAGAUGGACGCAGCCGGCAUUCGCCACCUCGGCGAGGGCCCGGACGUCAUGGAGGGUAACGUGUUUGACGGCCGGCUGGACCACAUCCGCCUGGACCCGGAGGUGGGCGCCGUCGUGGUCGGCUUCGACAGCCACAUAUCAUUCAACAAGAUCCUGAAGGCGUCCUCAUACCUGAAGAACCCCGACGUCCUCUUCAUUGCCACGAACCGCGACGAGCGCUUCCCCAUGGAGCAUAUCGUCUGCCCAGGCACGGGCACCAUGGUGACUGCGGUGGCGGUGGCGUCCGGCCGCGAGCCCACCAUCAUGGGCAAGCCGUCGCGCGAGGUGUUCGAGGCGCUGCGCCGCCAGCACGGCCUCGACCCGGCCCGCACGGUCAUGGUAGGCGACAACUGCAAGACGGACAUCACCAUGGGUAACGUGUGCGGUCUGCGGACGCUGGCCGUGCUGACGGGCGUGACGACGCGCGCGGACCUGGAGCGGCUGGUGGCGGACUCGGCGGCCGACGGCGCCCUGGCGCCGCAGGUGCCCGAGCUGGUGGCGCCCCAGAUCGGCGACCUGCUGCCCUUCCUCUGAUGGUCAGCGGCGGGCGAGGGGCCGCCUCUCCGGGCCGUCACAGAGGACGAGGGGGGGGGGGCUCUCGGCCGGGCAGCUCCGACAGCCGCUCUGCUGCACUGGGAGACGCGGCCGGGGCUCCCUCAGGGAUAGCAGUAGGUACUGCCACGCAGACGGUAACGGGAAACACUAGUCGGAAUAGAUAGCCACAUUGUUAGUAGCCAUGACGGUUCCCUGUUAAAGGAUAUAAGAAUCAAUGAUAUUAUUUUAUUCUCUUUUAGCGGCAGCCUGGGACACAGACGUACACGUCUCGCCACGGCGUUAACUCAGGACGUGUCCCCGCGAGUCCGCAAUGUUUGUCAGCAGUUCGUUUUACCGGUACUAUCUGGCGGUCCUGUGAGCUGGGCCAGCCGGCCGUUCCUAUGGAACUGGUGCUUUAGCUCCCCUGUCUCACCUACCUGGUCAUCUCAGAGUUCUGUGUUACAGGCCACAUCAUAUGCCAUUCGCCGUGUUGGUGUAACGCUUGUAUGUCUCUUACAGCUGUAAGCUCGCAAAUAAAUGUAGCAUUGACAUUUGCAUUCUA